AUGUCUUACGAGGACCACCACGAUGCUCAGUACCAACCCGGGCAAACGCGCAACCGUUUCCCAACCCUGUUCGAAGUGCUCAGUCGUAAGACGACAGCACCGCUAGACCUCUUCUCCUUCUACAUCUACAUGCGAGACCAGCAACGGUCUGUCGACUACUUGGACUUCUGGCUCGAUGUAUCUCAACACCUGCAGCUAUGUCGGCUCUAUGUGCGACGACUACACAGGAGCAUGAUUGAGGAGACACCAGAUCUUGAGAGGAAUUCCAAGCGUUCGUCCUACAUAUUGGACAACGCUGGAGAAGGCCCUUCUAACGAGAAAGCAGACAACAUGUCUGACCAGCGCUUGUCUGCCUUUCUUCGUUCUGACCACCCAAGCCGAAACCACUCUCCACAGAACAGUCAGGGUAGCAAUCAGAGCCGCGAGUUCCAGCGUCCAAGCCUGAAUUUACUAGAUACCCCAGGCGAUUCGAGCUCGCCUGGCCAGAACUCAUCCAUUGACAAUUCUCAACCACGGAGAGAGGAUUUGCGCGCAUCGGCCGAGAAGAUCUUGUACACCUAUCUGCUUCCUGGCUCAGAGAGAGAAAUCAUCAUUCCCCAGAGCAUACUCGCCGAGGUACAAGAAGCCAUUGAGGGACAGGAGCAGCGCGCCGAUCCUGAGCUUUUCGACAAUGCCAAAGACUACGUCUUCCAAGCCAUGGAGCGCGACGCAUAUCCAGGUUUCUUACAGAACAAGGGCCUCGGCAACCUCGUUCCUCAGAGUAUGAUGCUGCGUCUGAUUCUAGGUUUGAUCAGCUUCUUCGCCGCUGUAUGGACGUCGUUCAUUCUCAUCUUCUUGGACAAGUCAAGAGGAACACGUUGCUGGAUCAUACUUCCAUUCACCAUUGCUAUCUAUCUCAUCUUUACACAUCAGUACAUGCUCGAUCCCAUCAUCGCCAUUGCCGGAUACAGCGAGUACACCUUCUUCGACUUCAACAAGAUUAGGGAGCCGUUUGUCAAGAAGACAUUGAACAGGCGCUCGCUCACUGUCCUGGUUAUGUUCUUGGCCGUCACAGUAGCUAUUUGCUGCCUCUUCAUCUUCGUUCCCGGUAAGCGCCUGUGA